UUGAAUAGUAGUUGUAAUAGAUACAACACGUUUCGAACGCUUGAAGAACGAGUUAAAUAUAAUUGCUUUUUUUAAAUUUUAAAGUGUUUUGAAAAUAAAAUCUUGGUGAUAAUAUACAUUUACACACAUAGACAUAAAUAUUGUACGGUUACAAUAAUUUUUUACUGACAACUUGCACGGCACAAACCACAAUCGUGGGUGCCUGAUGAUUUUAGUGAUUUUAUUGACGAAUGGCAAGUUGUAGUAGCAGACAAGCGACAACUACAGUAGCUAAAUAGUUGAAUAUUGAAUACUUAUAGCGUUUCUUCGUUACCUACAGAAGAACUUACAAACAUGUUUGUGGGUAGACGUUCAAAAAAACGUUUUUGGAACCAUUUAUUUACGAAUAGACCAUGUCUGGCUAUAGUGAUUGUUUCAAUGAUGAUGGCCAGUGGAAUGAUAGCAGCGGCCGAAUCCCCUUCGACGACUGUAUCUGAACAAACCACUGUGACUAUGCGACCGAAUGUGACGGCGGAUUGUGUGGCGCGCGACACAUGUGCAGAAUGCACAGCUGCUGCCCCCGCUUGCAGCUGGUCGCUGGUACGGCAAUCGUGCAAUGACACGGCGGCGACGGAAAAACAACUGAUCGAAGAUCCGGGCGACGACGGUCACCAUCAUCCACCAACUAAGGCGGUGAGCGACGCACGGUCAUGUCCGCGGUUCCAGGUCAACUACCAGAAACGGACCAAUUUGGACACGGCGAACCGCACGGUGCAAGUGAAAGUGUCGAACGACCCGACCGGUACGUUCAGGGCACUGCUCGAACGGGGUGGGGUGUACUGCCACUUGAACGAGAUGAAGUACGAUGGCAAAGUUGAAAGUGGUGGGCGGCAGAUCACGUGCGAGUCUGACUACUUGGAGUCUGUGAACUCGUCGUUGUCGUCGAUGGUUUAUUUUGCAGUUUCCGUGAAAGGCGUCCCGUUGGCCUUUGACGACAAGAGUGACCACUACUUGGACUUCACGGUGCCUCGUAACGCGUGCGUAACCGACAGCCACUUGGGGCCAAGUGACGAGUGCAAGGUGUGCCUUUGGGACGACGACGUGUACCGGUACUACUGCCAGUGGUGCCCCAAGAGCAAUCCGUGCACCGGGUCGUACCAGCAAUGCGACGUCCGCCGGCUGGCCGACCCCAGUCGCGUAGCACCGGUCCAAGACGUGCUGAUCCAAUGUCCCGCGGUCCGGAUCGAGUCCAUCUCACCACUGUACGGAUCGUGGGCCGGUGGAACGACGGUGCGGAUCGUCAUCAGCAAUCACCGGACGCUGGCCGAAAACAAGGUGACCGUGAUCAAGGUCGCCAACAGCCGAUGCUUGCUGCCCACCGUGUUGAUGGACGGCACGGCCGUCACGUGCACCAUACCGCCGACCAACACAAGUACACUGAACCAAGGCCCGGUAGAGGUGACGUACAUGUCGGAGGAGAACAAGUUGCUACCCACGUUCACGCUCCGGUCCAACCAGAGUUUCUACUUCGUGGAGCCGGUAAUAACGAGCGUAUGGCCGACGUGUGGCCCAACCACCGGCGGCACAAAGAUCAUGAUCCGCGGCCGGUUCUUGGACGCUGGCACUGUUCGUGUGUACUUGCGGGAAAAUAUCACUUGCGCGGUGGUUUCGCAGAGCCAGAACGAGGUGACGUGCAUAACAGGUGCUAGCGACGYCCCGGCCACUAGUGCGGUACGGAUCGAGUUUGACCACUACCUGAGCAAGUUCGUACACGACCCACCAUUCGUGUACACGUCUACACCAGCUGUGGAUGGYGGCCAGACGUUCCGGAGCAUAGCGUCCGGUGGCACUCAGCUUCCGGUAUUUGGCCAGAACUUUGCGUGCAUCCGCAAUCCACUGGUGCACGUGUCGUACAAUGGCAUUCAGUACACUGGCGGGUGCGUAGUGAAAAACAACACGUACUUGGUGUGCACGGCGCCGACCAUCAACCGGCCAGCACCACACCAGGUGACCGCGCUGAAGUUCGGGUUCCAGGCCGACUACAACGACACGAUCGUCAAGAUACAGCCGCCCACCGGUACGCCUGACUACACCGUGUACCCGGAUCCGGUGUACACCGACUUCGACACAGAUGGGCGGACUGUUACCGUCUACGGUCUGAACAUGGACCAAGGUUACGACCACGAUGCUGACCUGACAGUACUGUUCCACCACACCGGAGUGCCGUGCAACGUGACGUCCGUGGAACCUGACCGCAUAGUGUGCCGGCCGCCCAAACGGUUGUCCUUCAAGGACCACGGCAGUCAUUCAGACGAAGACCAAAUCGAAGACUACGAGGACGACGAAGACGAAUUGCCGGCGGCCCUAGUUAACGACGAGAUCAUCGUUACCGUUGGCAACCUGGUAUACGAGGUCAAGAGGAAACCGCAGACGCGCCGGUACAGCAGCCCUCUGCGGAUCAAUACCAUAAUUUUCGGUGGCAUUGCGUUAGUGUCGCUGGUCAUCACGAUCGUGGCAGCCAUUGUGUACUGCAUGAAGAUCGCCAUAACCAUUUCUAACCAGCAGACGGAAAUGAAGUCGUUGUGCGAGCACCUUAACAGCUCCGAAAUUGGAACCGGAACCGGAACCCAAACCGAUAGCACUUGCAAAGGUGACGUCGAGUCGUCUCUGGCGCCGACCAAAGACAGAUCAUAGGAAAACAUUGUUAAUUAUUUUAAUACCGUCAUAAUAUUAUGCAUGCCAUUCAUAAUGAAAUGGGUCACUUAUUUCCACGAUUCUAUAGUAUUUUAGGUAUGUAAUUUUUAGGUAACGCAGAUAUAAGAUGCAUGGAGUUAUGUUAUAUUAUAAUAUUAUAUGGGUAUAUCUUCGCAUGAUCCUCGUCUAUCUCGUCGACAACGAUAUAGAAAAUAUUAAAUAGGUAGCAAAAAUCGCCUAUCUUUUGUAUUUAAUAUAUUACUAUAGGUAUGAUAUGGUAUAUAAUAUUAAACAUCAAUAUUAUAAUUAUUAUGUGUGUAGGUAUCUACUUAGGUAUAUGUAAGAUUAUAUGAUUAUUAUCUUAUUCGUAGGUAUAAGCUACAGCAUGUAAGGAUCACGUAGAUCCCGUCAUUGUAUAAAUAUGAUUACAUAACGAUAUAGUAUAUUACGUAUGCUCUAUAUAAUACUAUUAAUAUUAUCAUAGAUUUUCAUAUGUGUGUAAAAAGUAAAUAAUAUUUUUGAUUAUAUAAUAAUAAUAUGCAAUACUUCAUAUUUCGGGCUGAUUGCGCAGUUUAUAUAAUUAUGUAGAAGUUAAUCUACASAUUGUCCAAUUGUUGUACAUAAUAUGUUUUAAUUUUAAUUUUUAAUAAUUGUUGUUGAUGAUGGAUAAAUUAAACGAUGUUGAUACGA